AUGGGCUUUGACUCCGAUGCCGUCUGGUUUGUCACCGGCUGUUCUUCUGGUCUUGGAAAAUCCAUAUCCAAGGCUGUGUACGAUGCCGGCUUCCGCAUUGUGGCAACGGCCCGCUCGACUACCUCCCUCACGUACUUGCCCGACGGUCCAAGAGUGCUCAAGCUCAGUCUGGACGUGACCUCUGCCACAUCGAUCGAGUCAGCCCUGUCUGCUGCAGUAACCCACUUCGGACAGAUCAACGUAGUGAUCAACAACGCAGGAUACGGGCUGAGAGGGGACACCGAGGCCGUCCCGGAAGAGGAGGCCCGCAACCAGAUGGAAACCAAUUUCUGGGGACCGGUCCGGAUCACUCGCGGAGCCCUGCGGAUCUUCCGUGAGGUCAAUCCCCAGGGCCAAGGGGGCACAGUUGUGCAGGUUUCUUCCCUUGGGGGAUGGAUUGGGUUUCCGGGGAAUGCGUUCUACCAUGCCAGCAAAUUCGCACUCGAGGGAUUCACUGAAUCCGUGGCCAAGGAGAUGGAUCCAUCGUGGAACAUCAAGUUUCUCCUCGUGCUGCCGGGAGGCGUGCGCACAAACUUCGCUUCGACUAGUGCCAAGGCGACCCCCCGGCAUCCGGCCUAUGACCACCACAGCAGCCCCCUCACCCAGCUGCUGGAAUACGUGGCUAAUCCCGCGUCUCAGGAGACCUGGAGCGAUCCCGAUAUCUGCGCUCGGCUCCUCGUCAACACAGUGAUCGCCCAGCGAGAACGACCGCUACCGGCGCGUCUGCUGAUGGGCGCAGAGACUAUUCCCCUGAUUCGCGGUGAUAUUGAGAGGACGCUUAAAGAGAUAUAUGAGUGGAAAGCGGAGACCGAGAGCUGCUCGCCAAAGGGUGGCGCUCGCGUGAACAUUUCCCGGCUGAAUUAG